GAGUUACAUCGUCGCGACUCGCGAUCAGUCAGUAUUUUAACCGCGAACAACAACAAUCACGUAGUUUUUGUGUUUACGUCACGACUAAACUUUCAGUCACAUGUUUAAUAUAUUCCAUAUUUAUUUUUCAAAAUUAUUGAUAAUAAAUACUUGAUUAAAGUUCAAAAAUAUAUUAAACAAAUUAAACAGUGGAAAAAUUAUUUAUCAAUCAAUAAAAAUUGUGUUGUGUGUAUUUUAUCAUUAUUAUUUUUAUUUUUUUUCGUUCUUGUGUUUAUUCCAAUUAAUUUUUCAGUGCUGGAUUUAAAUAAACUAGUGUGUGAUGUGUAUUAGUAUACUUUUAAUUUAUACUGAUCCAAUGGGUAUAGAAAUGUAUCUAAAAAAUUCAGGAUUCCAUUAUAAAAUUAUCUGCAUAUAAAAAUAAAUAAAUAAACAAAUAAAAAUUAUUAUUUAUAAUUAAAAUAAAUGACUGAAUAUAAUUAUCAAUAUGUUAAUUUAAUUUACAUACUGAAUUUUAAUAUAAAAAAACACAAAAUUUUUUUGUGAAAAUAUAUUUAAGUGAAAUAAUUAUGUUUACGAUGAUUGAACCACGUGAAAGGCAUGUUGUCGGUUCAACAUCAAAGACAUUGCAAUAUCAACAAAAUCAACAUUAUCAUCAAAUUAUAAAAACAACAAGAGUUCAUCAAAGUUCAAGAAAUAGUCGUAUUGUUUCGGUGCAAGAAAAAGUUACAAGAUCACGUCUUCAACUUGGAUACUCCACUCCAACCAACUUUAUUAAUCGUUUUCCCCAGAAGAUGGAUCGACAGAGUCACAACACAAACCUUGGACAAAGUCACAGUGGUGGUGGUGGUGUUGGUACACAUGGUGCAUAUUCAUCUGGUAGUCAAACAUCAUUAUCAACUUCUUACAUAACAGGGCAUUCAUAUAUACAAGGACAAAAUUAUACAACACAUUCACCAUAUACAUCACAAAAUUUACAAGUAUAUCAACAUCAACAACAUCAACAACAACAUAGUGGAUAUAAUAAUCAACCACAAAGUUAUGGCACAAUGGUACAAGGUUAUGGUGGACAACCACAAUUAAAUUAUCAACAAAAUCAUAAUAAUAAUAAUAAUAAAAAAGGUACAAUUAGAAAUGGUGAUGUGCAUAAACGUUGUAGAUUACAAAAUGCAAGUUAUGAAUUAUCACAAGAUUUACUUGAUAAACAAAUUGAAAUGCUUGAACGUAAAUAUGGUGGUGUUAAAGCAAGAACAGCAGCAUUAACAAUACAACGUGCAUUUAGAAGAUAUACAUUAUUAAAAAAAUUUGUAGCAAUAACAGCAAUGGCUAAAGCUGAAAAACGUUUAAGUCGUAAUAUACAAGAUGAAAAUGAUAGACAAAUUAUAAAUAAUAAUAUUAUUAUUGAUAAUAAUAAUGAUAGAAUGCCAUAUCAUAAUCAAAUAUAUGUACAACAAGCAUUACAAUCAUCAACAACAAAUAAUCGUCCAAUGCCAAUAAGAAGUAUGUCACUAAGAGAAAGAAGACAUGCUGAAAAUUCAUGUGUACCACGUAGUCAAAGUGGUAGAUGUGAAGGACAAAUAUUACAUCAAUUAAAUCAAACAGUAAAUGUUAAUCAACAUCAACAUCAACAUCAACAUUAUAAUGUAGUACAUCAAAGUGGUAGACAUACACCAUCAAUGACAUCAAGUCCAUGUACAAGACAUCAAUCACCAUCAAGUCCAUGUUGGGAUACAAGUUCACAAGAGAGUGGAUCAAGUAUACACUAUUAUAAUCCUCAGGAAACACUGUGUGGAUUGAGACAAGAUACACCAACACGUGAUAAUUAUAGAACACCAUGUACAUCACCAUCAACACCAUCACAAAAUAAUAGCCAACAAUCAAUGAGUCAUAGUUGGGGUAAUAAUACACAACAGCAAUUAAAUACAAUAUGUCGUUCACGUAAUUCAUCAACAUCAUCUAUUAAAAAAAUACCACCAGAAGUACCAAAAAGAACAUCAUCAAUAUCAUCACGUUCAAUGGAACAACAACAACGUAAUAGUGGAGGUAGUGCAAGUGGUGGUAGUGGUGGACAAAAUGGUUUAUGUAAAAGUGUUGAAAAUGGUAGUUUAAGUUCAGUACAAAGUUCUGGUAGUGAUUCAACAAAUUGUGAAAGUUCAGAGGGUGAUAUACAACGUUCAUCACCAAUAUGGAAACAUAAAAAUAUAACAAAUUCAUCAUCAUCACCAGAACAUCAUGAUUGUAAUCAUAAUAUUAAUAAUAAUAUGGAUAAUACAAUAAAAAAUGAUCAAUUAGGUUAUCAAUUACCAAUAAUUGAUCAUAAUAAUGAUACAAAUAAUAUAACACAAGCAAGUUAUAAAGUAUCUGAAACAGUUAGAAAACGUCAAUAUCGUGUUGGUUUAAAUUUAUUUAAUAAAAAACCAGAAAAAGGUAUUGCAUAUUUAAUAAGACGUGGAUUUUUAGAAAAUAGUCCACAAGGUGUUGCAAGAUUUUUAAUAAGUAGAAAAGGUUUAUCAAAACAAAUGAUUGGUGAAUAUCUUGGUAAUUUACAAAAUCAAUUUAAUAUGGCUGUGCUUGAAUGUUUUUCAAAUGAACUUGAUUUAUCUGGUAUGCAAAUUGAUGUUGGUUUACGUAAAUUUCAAGCAUAUUUUCGUAUGCCUGGUGAGGCACAAAAAAUUGAAAGACUUAUGGAAGUAUUUAGUCAUAGAUAUUGUCAAUGUAAUCAAGAUGUUGUUACACGUUUAAGAUCACCAGAUACUGUAUUUGUACUUGCAUUUGCAAUAAUAAUGCUUAAUACGGAUUUACAUACACCAAAUUUAAAACCAGAAAGAAAAAUGAGAAUUGAAGAUUUUAUUAAAAAUUUACGUGGUAUUGAUGAUUGUGGUGAUAUUGAUAAAGAUAUAUUAAUUGGUAUAUAUGAUAGAGUUAAAGCAAAUGAAUUUAAACCUGGUUCUGAUCAUGUUACACAAGUUAUGAAAGUACAAGCAACAAUUGUUGGUAAAAAACCAAAUAUGGCAUUAUCACAUAGACGUCUUGUUUGUUAUUGUCGUUUAUAUGAAAUACCAGAUAUACAUAAAAAAGAAAGACCAGGUGUACAUCAAAGAGAAGUUUUUCUAUUUAAUGAUCUUCUUGUUGUAACUAAAAUAUUGAGUAAAAAAAAAAGUAGUGUUACAUAUACAUUUAGACAAAGUUUUACACUUUGUGGUAUGGUUGUAACAUUAUUUGAAGUACCACAUUAUCCAUAUGGUAUAAGAUUAUCACAAAGAGUUGAUGGAAAAGUAUUAAUAACAUUUAAUGCUAGAAAUGAACAUGAUAGAUGUAAAUUUGCUGAAGAUUUACGUGAAUCAAUAAGUGAAAUGGAUGAAAUGGAAACACUGAGAAUUGAAACUGAAUUAGAAAGACAAAAAAGUAGUAGAGGUAAUACACGUGGUAGUUCAGAAAAUCGUGAUUCUGGUGUUGCUGAUGUUGAAGUAUGUACAUAUCCUGGUACAUGUAAUGAAAGAACUGAAACAAAUGAUAUUGAUCAACAAUUAAAAAGAUCAGCACUUAGUAAUUCUCUACUAGAUAUUCAUGAACAAUUUGCUGGUGAAAAACCACAACGUCGUGGUAGUGUUGGAUCAUUAGACAGUGGUAUGUCAAUAUCAUUUCAAUCAACAUCAGCAAGUUCAAUGAGCCAAGGUUUAAAACAUCAUCCUGGUCAAGUUCAUUCAAUUCAUCAAGGUGCAACAAUACCUGGAGGUGGAAAAGGCAUCACACAACAGCCAUCAUUUUUAGGAGGUCUAUUUGCAAAACGUGAACGUAAAUUAUCACAGACAGAAGAAGCUGGACCAUUCACUCGAACAACAGAAGUUUAGCAUCAUCGUAAAAAAUAAAUUACGCAAAUGAAGCUUUUAUUAAAUAUCAUAUUUAAAAAAACAAAAAUAAACCAAAAGAUAAAA